AAGCACUGUUGGCUCUGGCCGAUUUGCCAGAGACCAAGCCGUGCCAAAAGUUUCACGACACCGGCACCUUCACAUUACAACCCAAUUAGUACACCUCCCACACCUCUGUAGAUCAUGGCGCUCCAGGAGAGGCACCGAUGGAUGGCGGCCAACGUGGCCGCGGCCUUUGGCAUGUCGGACAGGGUCCAUGUCGUCGAACAAGUCCUGGGCGAGUACAACAACUUGAAGAAGUUAAACGACUUCCUCGAGGGAAAGAGCAAGCACAAGCACGUUUUCGUGUACUAUCAGCGGCCUGACGUCAUCAACGACGCCAACGAACUAGUAGAUGCCAAAGGGGAUGCAAAGCUCAUGAUUACCACGGGCGAGCACGAAGAUGUGAGGAUCAAGAACAGAGCUGUUUACUUCCUCCGAAACGUCGCGGACUCGAAGCCCGUGAAGGCGGACGUGGCCUCAGACGGCGACCUGCUGUUCGGGGAGAUGGCAGCCUCGCCGCUGGAGAUUCCAGGCCUGCUGGACGUGUUCAAGCCGCUGGUGAGCCAGGUUUCCACGGAUUGGUCCUCCUGCGAGCCGGAGCAGGCAAACGAGUUCAAGACAACCUUCGAGAAGUUCACUAUCGAGUUGUCGCAGGGCAUCCAGUCCCUGUCGGGGGGCAUCGACCUGCCGAGCCCGGAGCCCACGGAGGUGGAUUUGCGGAACCAGACGCUGAACGACGUGGCAAAGGACCACCCCGAGUUGGUGACCAAGUACGGGCAGCUCUUGGAGGUGUGGUGCCGCCAGAUCGAGCAGUAUCUGGAAACCACACUGGAGGGCCAGCAGAAGGACUCUGGAGAUGCCGGCCCCCGCACAGAGCUGGACUUCUGGCGGAAUCGGCUUCAGAAGAUCACCUCCAUCACCGAGCAGCUCAGGACAAAGGAGAGGAAGAUGGUUUUCGGCUUGCUGCGCACCAUCACAAAUGCGAGCCAGGAGGUGGCGCCGAAGAAUCGCCAAUCUGUGUUCAAUACGCUGCGCAGAUGGAAGCAGAUUGAGAUCGCCAUCACGGAAGCCUUCAACGAGGCCAAAGACAACGUCAAAUAUCUCACCACCUUAGAGAAGUUCAUCGAGCCCUUGUACACCGGCACGCCCAGCACCAUCAUCGACACGCUGCCAGCAUUGAUGAAUGCGGUGAAGAUGAUCCACACCAUCGCCCGGUAUUACAACACCACUGAGCGCAUGACCAACCUUUUUGCCAAGAUCACCAACCAGAUGAUCACCAACUGCAAGGAGUGCGUCCUGGAAGGCGAGGAGUCGGAAUCCUUGUGGCACAAAGAUCCGCUGGUGCUCAUCAAGAACCUGUGGUCCUGCAUCCGCCUCAACGAGGAGUAUCAGGAGUACUACAGGCAGACAAAGGACACGCUGAUGACACUGCCAAAGGGUAAGCAGUUUGACUUCAGCGAGACUCUGAUUUUCGGUCGCUUCGACCUCUUUUGCCGACGUGUCACCAAGCUCAUUGACAUGUUCCAGACUGUGCACCAGUUUACGUCUUUGUCCCAGCACCGGUUUGAUGGCAUGGAGCCUCUGGUGAAGUCCUUCAAGAGCAUCUUGGAGGAGUUCCAGUUCAAGCGCCACGACCUCUUGGACUUCCACAACAACCGUUUCGACCGGGACUAUGUGGAGUUCAACGUGCGAAUUUCCGACCUGGAAAGCAACCUGCGGCAGUUCAUCAACCAGUCCUUCGAGGCCAUCGCUUCCAUUGAGUCCUCGUUGAAGCUGCUGGCGAAGUUCCAAAGCAUCCUGCAGCGAGACAGCCUGCGGCAGGAUCUGGAGAACAAGUUUGCGGUGAUCUUCCACAACUAUGGCUUGGAGCUCACCCACGUGCAGGACCAGUACGAGAAGUACAAGACAGGCCCGCCGCUGGUGCGGAACCUGCCGCCGGUCGCGGGGCAUAUCACUUGGUCUCGGCAUCUCUACAGGAGAAUUGAAGGGCCCAUGCAGAAGUUCCAGACCAACCCUGCCGUGCUGGCGGGCAGAGACUCCAGGAAGCUCAUCAGGAUGUACAACAAGAUGGCCAAGACGCUGGUGGAGUUUGAGACCCUCUGGUACCAGGCCUGGGUGAGCUCCAUCGAGACGGUGAAGUCCGGGCUGCAGGCCACCUUGAUCAUCAAGCAUCCUGACGACGGCAUGCGCUUCCACGUGAACUUCGACUGGGAGAUCCUUCAGUUGAUCCGGGAAACCCGAUGCCUGGAUCGGAUGGGUGGAGUGGAGAUCCCGGAGUCGGCGAAGAUGAUCCUUUUGCAGGAGCAGAAGUUCAAGACCUACAACCAUGAGCUCUCCUUCUUCUUGAAGGAGUACCGGCGGGUGACGCAGUCCGUGAAGCCCAUCGCCACUAACCUCAUGCGGCCCCACAUGGAGAACCUCGAGUUCAAGAUGAGGCCGGGCUUGGUGAUCCUUACCUGGACGUCCAUGAACAUCGAGGCCUACCUGGAGGAGGUUUGGAAGGAACUGGACAGGCUUGAGCAGUUGGUGCUGGCGGUGAACGACCUCAUGGAGAGCCGCAUCGAUGCCAACCUCAAGAUCGUGUCCAACGUGCUGCUGGUGAACCUGCCCGAGGAGCAAGAGUUGGUGACCCUGGAGGAGUUCGUCGAGAUGCAGGAGCGGCACGUACGGGCGACCACCGACUUCCUGGUAGCAAAGAACGUGGAGAUCGAGAAUGCUGUAAACGACAUGCUGGGCAUGAUCGUGGGCUUCGAGCUGGAGCCCCACGUGCCGGCGGUCACUGAGAGUGAGAUCAUCAAGGUGAAGGCGCACUACAACUGGUCCAUGUACCAAGCCCUGCUGAACGCCACAAAGAGCUCCCUCAAGGCCAUGAAGCUGCGGCUGUCCUCCAACUACCGUGAGGGCAAACCCCCACCGCCGGCCUUCUUUGAGGUUGACCUCCAGCUGGACGGCAUCGGUGUGCGCCUGGAGCCAUCGGUGGAGGCGAUCCAGGCAGCCAUCAACGGCGGAGCGGUGGCCGUGCUGAAGUGCUCCAAGAUGAUUGAGGCGUGGGACACGGUGACCAUCCCCAAGAACGUGCAGCUGAUCCUGGACGCGAAUCUGCCGCCGGUGCAGGGCACCGGGUCCCAGGGCACCUUCUACGACCGCAUCGCCCAGGACAGGGAGAUCUUGAAGGUGGUGUUGUUGCUGACCGGCAGCAUCCAGUCGGCCAAGAACAUGUGCAACAGCUAUCUGACCACCUUCAGCGAGUACGAGUGGACCUGGAAGGAGGACAUUGACAAGAAGUACGAGGAGUUCAAGAAAACCGAACCCAGCCUCGACGACUUUGAGUCGAAGCUCAAGGAGUUUGUGGCCAUGGAGAACAAGGUGGAGCAGCUCACCGGCCAACAUCAGAUCUCCGCGCUGAUGCUGAAGACCGGCAGCUUGGCCCAGGAUCUGAAGGCGCGCGCGGAGAAGUGGAAGUCCUGCUUCGCCAAGGAGCUGCACAAGGAUGCCUUUGCCAAGCUUGAGGCGGUCAGCGAGAUGGUCAAGUCCACCCGCAAAAAGCUGCUCCGAGAGGUGGGCUCCGGUGACAUCGACGCCUUGGCCUACGUGAUGCAGACCCUGCAGGAAGUCUAUGCCAAGCAGAGCGAGAUUGAGCUGGAUUUUAUCCCCAUUGAGCACAUGUAUCGAAUCCUGGACGAGCACUUGCCCAACAUCAUGGACAAGGAAGAGCAAGACACGCGCUCCAUGCUCAAGAAGAACUGGAAGGACUUGCUGGAGGAGAGCGAAGCCAGGCAGCAUGAGCUCUCAAACAAGCAGAUUCAGUACAAGAAGGAUCUGAUCAAGACAGUGAACUCCUUCAAGAAGGACGUGGCGCGUUUCCGCGCGGAGUACGAGCGCAGCGGGCCCAUGGUGAAGGGCAUCCCGCCCCGGGAGGCCGUGGAGCGCCUGAAGCGAUUCAAGGAGGAGUUCGAGGUUCGAGACCGCAAGCAGGAGAUCUACUACAUCGGCGAGGACCUCUUCGGUGUGCCGCAUCAAAGGUAUCCGGCCCUGGACACCACCAGGCAAGAGCUGGGAUACCUCUCCCAGCUUUACGACUUGUACGUGGCCGUCUUGGAGACGAUCAAGGAGUGGCGGGACUACCUUUGGUGCGAUGUUGGAGAGAACAUGGAGACGAUGCAGAAGACGAUCGAUAGCUUUGCAGCGCGCUGCAAGAAGAUGCCGAAGCAGCUGCGGGAGUGGCCUGCCUACAACGAGCUGAAGAAGGAGAUCGAGGACUUCCAGGGUGUGCUGCCCUUGCUGCUGGAGCUGGGAAAGACCAGCAUCAUGCCGCGGCAUUGGCAGCAGGUCAUGGACAUCACAGGCAAGGACCUGCCGAUUGACUCGGAGAAUUUCAAGCUGCAGUCGCUGAUUGAUGCGCAGCUGAACGAAUUCACGGACGAGAUCGCGGACAUCUGCGAGGGCGCGGACAAGCAGCUGAUCAUCGAGAGCAAGCUGAGGGAGAUUUCCACGCAAUGGGAAGCCAUGAUGUUUGACUUCGGCACCUGGAAAUCCCGAGACUACCCUUGCGUCCUCUCAGGCGGAAAGGUGGGUGAAACCCAGGAGGCCUUGGAGGAGACGAUGAUGAACCUGAACACCAUGAACGCGCAGCGACACUCGAUCCCCUUCAAGGAGGAGCUGAAUGGCCUGCUGUCCACGCUCUCGGACACUGGAGACACCAUUGAGCGAUGGUUUAAGGUGCAGCAGAUGUGGACGUCCUUGGAGUCGGUCUUCACCGGGGGCGACAUUGCCAAGCAGAUGCCCAUGGAGGCGAAGAAGUUUCAGCAGAUCGACAAGGACUGGGUGAAGAUCAUGAUGAAGUCUGCGGACACAAAAUACGUGGUGCCCUGCUGCCAGAACGACAUGCUGAAGCAGAUGCUGCCUGUCCUGUCGGAGGGCCUCGAGAAGUGCCAGAAGUCCCUGGAGAGCUACCUGGAGGGCAAGCGGAACAAGUUCCCGCGAUUUUACUUCACCUCGGACCCCGUGCUGUUGAAGAUCCUGUCCCAAGGCAGUGACCCUGAGAGCAUCCAAGAGGACUUCGAGAAACUCUUCGAUGCCAUCAACCGGGUGAAGAUCAUGGAAACGCACGGGCCGGUGCAGGAGGUGGUUGAUCUGCAGAGCGCAGUGCAAGCGCAGGGCAACAUCGAAGACUGGCUUCUAGCACUGGAGACGGAGAUGCAGCGCUCCGUGCGACGCGAGUGCCGGUUCUGCUCCAUGGAGUGCGGGCAGGUGCUGAACGGCCUCACCUUGACGGAGUUCGGCAAGAAGUGCAUCGCGCAGGUCUCGCUGCUGGGCAUCCAGCUGAUCUGGACCUCGGACUUCCAGGACGCGCUGACGCGCAUGGCCAGGGACAAGGACAAGGCCGUGAUGGGCGCCGCCAACAAGAAGUUUGUGCAGAUGCUGUCGGACCUGGUAGCCAUUUGCCUCACGGACCUGCCCUCCAAGAUGGAGCGCACCAAGUUUGAGACCUUGGUGACUGUGCAUGUCCACCAGAAGGACUUGUUCCAGGAGGUGUGGAAGAAGGCACGCGAUGGCAAGGUUAAGGAUGAGAACGACUUUGAGUGGUUGAAGCAGACGCGGCUCUACUGGAAGCAAGAGACAGACCAUGCCGUGGUGUCCAUUGCGGACGUGGACUUCGUGUACUCCUACGAGUACUUAGGCUGCAAGGAGCGGCUGGUCAUCACGGCGCUGACGGACCGCUGCUACGUGACUCAGUCCCAGGCUUUGGGCAUGUUCUUCGGCGGUGCGCCGGCAGGCCCUGCCGGUACGGGCAAGACAGAGACCACCAAGGAUAUGGGCCGCACGCUGGGUGUCUUCGUGGUGGUGACCAAUUGCUCGGACCAGCACCGAUUCCGAGACAUGGCCAAGAUCUUCAAGGGGCUUUGCAUGAGCGGCCUGUGGGGUUGCUUCGACGAGUUCAACCGAAUUGAGCUGGAAGUGCUGAGCGUGGUGGCGAUGCAGGUGGAGUCCAUUUGCUCCGCAAAGCGCCAGGCUGUGUCCACCUUCAUGUUCCCAGGCGAGCCAGCGCCAAUCAAGCUGGUGCCGUCUGUGGGUUACUUCAUCACCAUGAACCCCGGCUAUGCUGGGCGACAAGAGCUGCCUGAGAACGUGAAGGCGCUCUUCCGGAGUGUGGCCAUGAUGGUGCCCAACCGUGAGACCAUCAUGAAGGUGAAGUUGGCCUCCGUAGGAUACUCGCAGAUGGAUUUGCUGGGCAAGAAGUUCUGCAUCCUCUACGCCCUGUGCGAACAGCAGUUGAGCAAGCAGAGGCACUACGACUUCGGGCUGCGAAACAUCUUGAGUGUGCUGCGUACCAGCGGCGGCGUAAAGCGCUCCGAGCCUCCUGACACGGACGAGGAGAUGCUUUUCAUGCGCACGGUGCGCGACAUGAACCUCUCGAAGCUGGUGGCCGACGACGUGCCGCUGUUCCUGGCGCUGUUGAAGGAUCUGUUCCCGAAGGUGACGGAUCCUCCGAAGAAGGUCUACAAGAACGUGGAAGAUGGCUCCCGCGCCCUCCUGUCCAAGAACCUUCUGGUGGAUUGGGACACCUGGAUGCUCAAGGUGGUGCAGCUGUAUGAGACCUCGCUGGUGCGGCACGGCUUUAUGCUGGUGGGCCCCACGCUUUGUGGCAAGACGGAGAUUCGGGAGAUCCUCACGACGUGCCUGCACAACGACAACCAGCCGCACAAGCAGGUGGUCAUGAACCCCAAGGCCAUCACGGAUUCGCAGAUGUACGGCUACAAGGACCCCAUCAGCGAGGAGUGGACGCCUGGUGUGUUCGCCUCCAUUUGGCAAAGGUACAACAACCGUGCGCUGAAGUACACCACUUGGAUUGUGUGCGACGGUCCUGUGGAUGCCAUCUGGAUUGAGAACUUGAACACCGUGCUGGAUGACAACAAGAUUCUCACCCUGGCGAACAAUGACCGAAUUCCUAUGACGGACAACUGCAAGAUCGUCUUUGAGGUGGAGAACUUGCGCAAUGCCUCGCCUGCGACGGUGUCUCGUGCGGGCAUCAUCUACGUGUCCGCGUCGGAUUUGGGGUGGCAGCCCAUCACGGAGGCCUGGAUGCAGCGGCGCCCGGAGAUCAACGCCUCGCGCCAGGCAGAAGUGGACAUUCUGAAGCCCCUCUUCGACAGGUGGCUGAAGUCCAAGCCCCCGAACUCGGGUGCGGCGGAAGACUUCUUUGACUGGUGCAUGAGGAACAUCAAGCUUGUGAUGCCCUGCAACGACUCCAUCCUGAUCUGCCAAACUUUGAACCUGCUCUCAGCGUCCCUGAAGUCCUAUGUGGACGAGAACGCGAUCCCCGGGGAGGACACCUACCGCCGCAUCUUGGCCUGGUGCAUCAUGUGGGGCUUCGGCGGCCUGUUGGAGCCAGAGCCGCGGAAGGUGAUCUGGUCCAAGUUCCAGGAGAUCUUGGAGGACGCCAAGCACAAGGAUGCGAUCCCGCCCUGCGAAGAGGGCCAGACCAUCUUCGAGUGGGUGCCCGACUGGACGGACAAGACCAGGCCCUGGAAGAAGUGGGAGCCUGAGGAGUGGAAGCCGCCCAAGAUCCUGAACUUCUCGGCCCUGCUGAUUCCCACCAUGGACUCCGUGCGCGCGGAGUACAUCUUGGACAUCAUGGCCAGGCACGACGUCACAAGGACACCGCCUGCUUUCAAGUCCUGCAUGAUGGUGGGUGCUCCGGGCACCGCGAAGACGUCUACGGCACUGAUGUACACCAGCCGCUUCUCCCAGGAUGUGAUGCUGUCCAAGCGCCUGAACUUGAGCAGUGCCACCCAGCCCUUGGGAUUCCAGAAGAGCAUUGAGGGAGAGAUUGAGAGGAAGACCGGCAAGACGUUCUGCCCUCCGGGUGGCAAGAAGAUGACUGUAUUCAUCGAUGAUGCCUCCAUGCCAAUCGUGAACAAGUGGGGCGACCAGGUCACCAACGAGCUGGCGAGGCAACUCAUCGAGAUGAGCGGCUUCUACUUCCUGGACAAGGACAAGCGCGGCGACUUCAAGAGCAUCGAGGGUCUGCAGUACAUCGGUGCCAUGGGACAUCCAGGCGGUGGCAAGAACGACAUCCCCAACCGCUACAAGUCCAAGUUCAUGUGCUUCAACAUGGUUCUGCCGUCCACGGUUUCCGUGGACAACAUCUUCGGCAGCAUCAUGAAGUCGAAGUUCAGCAACAAGGCGGGCGCGAAGCCGGAUGUCAUCGACCUCAGCAAGAAGCUGACCAGCGCCACAGUGGAUGUGUGGGACCGCGUGAAGUCCAAGCUGCUGCCCACGCCCUUGCGCUUCCACUACAUCUUCAACAUGCGAGACCUGAGCCGCGUGUUCCAGGGUAUCAUGGAGUGCCCGGUGAACAUCGUGCAGACUCCCAGCACCCUGGUGGGGCUCUGGAAGCACGAGUGCCAGCGCGUCUUCGCAGACAAGCUGUGCCGUGAUGUGGACAAGAUGUUGGUGGAGAAGACCCUUGCGGAGUUCAUGCCCGUGCACUUCGGCGAGCAGCUGGCAGCGGAGAACAAGAGCACAGAGUGGUUCGCGGACUUCCUGCGCGAGAUCGAGUUUGACGAGGAGACGGGCGAAGAGAAAGGCGCGCCCAAGAUCUACGAGCCUGCGGAGUGGGACACGGUGAAGGGCAAGGCCUACUUUUACCUGGGCAAGUACAACGAGGCCUACCCUUCGAAGGCCAUGCAGCUGGUGCUCUUCGACGAGGCGAUGCAGCACCUCAUGAAGAUCAACCGCACCAUCCAGCAGAAGCGCGGCAGUGCCAUGCUGGUGGGUGUGGGCGGCAGCGGCAAGCAGAGCUUGGCAAGGCUGGCAGGCUACACCUCGGCUCACUAUGUCUUCCAGAUCACCAUCACCAAGACAUACAACGACAACGCCUUCUUCGAGGACUUGAAGACUUUGUGCAUCCGCGCUGGCGUGAAGGGCGAGAGCGUCACUUUCAUCUUCACUGACGCAGAGAUCAAGAGCGAGGGCUUCUUGGAGUACAUGAACUCGCUGCUGGCCACAGGUGAAGUGGUGGGGCUCUUUGCCAAGGAUGAGAAGGAUGCGAUGUGCGGAGAUGUGCGAAACGACUUCGUGCGGGAGAAUCCCAACAUGGAGGAGAAUCUCCUGAACAUGUACAACUACCUCAUGGAUCGUUUGCGCGACAACCUGCACGUGUGCUUGUGCUUCUCUCCAGUGAAUGCCAAGUUCCCCAUCCGUGCCCAGAAGUUCCCGGCAGUCUUCACCGUGAACAUCAACUGGUUCAUGCCCUGGCCGGAAGCUGCGCUGGUGGCUGUAAGCAGCGCCUUCCUGAGCAACUACAAGCUGGACUGCUCCGAGUCGGACAAGGGCAAGCUCUUUGCUCUCACUGGAUCCUUCCAGGCGCUGACCCGGGAUUUGUGCGACGUGUACUAUGCCCGCAUGCGCAAGAAUGUGUACGUCACCCCCAAGAGCUUCCUGUGCCUCAUUGACUUCUACAAGGUGCUCUACCAAAUCAAGUACGAGGAGAUCAAUGUCCAGGAGAGGAGCGUCAACGUGGGCCUGCAAAAGCUCAAGGAGGCCUCCGAGUUCGUGGAGAAGCUGAAGGUGGAGCUCAAGGAGCAGGAUGUUGUCCUGAGGGCAGAGGAGAAGAAGACCACGGCCUUGUUGGAGAAGGUCAUGGCCGAGAAGGCCAAGGCCGACAAGAAGGCAGAGCAGGUGAACGCCCAGAAGGCUGACUGCAUGGCCGAGGCUGCCAAGAUCGAAGGCGAGAAGCAGGCGGCGCAGGUGGAGCUGGACAAAGCGCUGCCGUUCCUCCACGAGGCCGAGUCGGCCUGCAACUCCAUCACCAAGAAGGACAUCACGGAGAUCAAGACCAACAACAAGCCCGUGGACAUCAUCAAGCUCACCUUCGAUGGGCUGCAGCUCCUGCAGUCCAAGCCGGUCUUGCCGGUGAAGGUGGAGGAGAGGUUCAUCAACAAGGUCACGGCAUCCUUCAUCGCCGACUCCUACGAGGAUUUCGCCAAGAAGGAGGUUCAGGACAUGAACUUCCUGAGCAACAUCUUGGACUUCGCCGCCAACGAGAAGGACAACAUCAAUGACGAGACCUGCGAGCUUCUGGAGCCGUAUUUGCGCUAUGAUGAGGACGUCUCGAAGAACUGGAGCCCCUUCCCCUUCAAGGUGCUGGACCCAGAGCUGGCGGGCAAGGCGAGCGGCGCGGCGGCGGGGCUGUGCAAGUUCGUGGGCGCCAUGGUGAUGUACCACGGGGCGGCAAAAAUUGUGAAGCCCAAGAUGGAUGCCCUGAAAGUGGCAGAGGCGAAGCUGUCCAAGGCGCAGGCUGAGCUGGACGCUGCAGAGGCGGAGCUGAACAAGGUGCUGGCGGAGGUGGCCGCCCUGGACGCAGAGCUGGCCAAGGCCCAGGCGGUCAUGAACCAGCUCAAGGAAAGCGCCGCGGCGAUGCAGCGCCAGAUGGACGCCGCCAACAAGCUGCUGUCCGGGCUGUCUGGGGAGAACCUGCGCUGGACAGAAGACUCCAAGAAUUUUGCCCUGCGGCGGAAGAGGCUCAUCGGCGAUGUGGGCUGCGUGUGUGCCUUCGUGGUGUACUGCGGGCCCUUCAAUAGUGAGUUCAGAGACAAGCUCUACCAACAGUUCCAGGUUGAUACGCAGAAGCGCGCUGUGCCGGCGCAUGAGAAGGUGGAGGUGGUGUCCUUCCUGGUGGACCAGGGCACCAUUGGAGAGUGGGCCCUUGAGGGCUUGCCCAGUGACGAGCUGUCCAUCCAGAACGCCAUCAUGGUGACCAGGAGCUCGCGGUAUCCCUUGAUGGUGGACCCCCAGGGCCAGGCCAACCGCUGGAUCAAGAGCCGGGAGAAGUCCCGGAUCAGCGAGAACCCCUCCAUGUGCGUCACCACGCUCACGGCCAAGAACCUCAAGGAUCAGAUCGAGUUCACCAUGGGAGAGGGUUUGUGCCUGAUCAUUGAGAACGUGGAGAACGAGGUGGACCCGAUGCUUGACCCUGUCCUGGACAAGCAGAUCAUCAAGAAGGGAAGCCACAAGUACAUCAACGUCAGUGAUCAGAACAUGGACUACAAGGACAACUUCAGUCUGUACUUCACCUCCCGGUUGCCCAACCCCCACUUCAGCCCGGAGCUUUCUGCCAAAGCCACCGUCAUCGACUUCACGGUGACUUUGAAGGGACUGGAGCAGCAGCUGCUGGGGAAGCUCAUUGGCAUGGAGAUGAAGAGCCUGGAGGACACCCUCGCGGCUUUGGAGGAGGAUGUUACCAACAACACCAAGUCCUUGCAGCUCUUGGACAAGCAGCUCCUGGAGCGGCUGUCCAACUCCCAGGGCAACUUGUUGGAGGACACGGAGCUGAUCGAGGUGCUGGCCAACACCAAGGCCAAGGCCAAGGAAGUGGAGGGCAAGCUGAAGGAAGCGGAUGAGAGGAAGGUGGAGAUCAACGAGAAGCGUGAGCAGUUCCGACCCGUGGCCACCCGAGGCAGCAUCAUGUACUUCAACAUGACGGACAUGACCAACGUGGUGAACCCCAUCACCACCCAGGCCUCUGGAUGGAUGUACAACUGCUCGCUGCUGCAGUUCCUCGAGCAAUUCGAGAUCUCCGUCCGGAACUCCGAGAAGGCUCAGCCCACCUCCAAGCGCGUGGAGAAGAUCAUCCACUUCUUGACCUACCAGGUGUACCGAUACAUGAACCGCGGCCUCUAUGAGCGGGACAAAAUGCUCUUCAAGCUGCUUGUGACUCUGAAGAUCAUGACUGUGGCCAACCAGGUUAAUGCCGGUGACGUGUCCAUGCUCCUGAAGGCCGGCUCUGCUCUGGACAUCAAGAGCGAGCGUCAGAACCCCUUCAACAAGUGGCUGCCCGACAAGGUGUGGCUCAACGUCAUCGCGCUGUCGAAGCAGGCCUUCGGCAUGGACCAGAUCGUCUUCUUCCGUGAGAUGGUGGACUUCAUGCAGCGUAACGAGCCAGCUUGGAGGAAGUGGUACGACGAGAACGAGCCGGAGUCGGUGCCUAUCCCUGACUACGACGAGCGCAUCAACAUGGACAGGACGCUGGGCCCGUUCCUGCGCCUGGUGAUCGUGCGGUGCAUGCGCGAGGACCGGAUGACCAUUUGCUGCAGUCAGUUCAUUGAGGCAAUGCUCGACUAUCGCUUCGUGGCUCCGGUCACUGAUGCCAUCCAGGACAUCUACGAGGAGUCGCAGUGCCGAAAGCCUGUUCUGUACCUGCUCACCGCAGGCAGCGAUCCCACCUUCAGCAUUGACGAGCUGGCUAAGAAGAAGAAGAAGUACCCCACAGACAAGGUGUCCAUGGGCGAAGGCCAAGAGAAGGUGGCGCGAGAAAAGAACAACGCGGCCUUCGUCACCGGUGGGUGGGUGAUCCUCCAGAACUCCCACCUGGGUAUCGGCUACAUGUGCGAGUUGGAGGAUGUGAUGCUGAAGACACCUGAGAUCGAUGAGGCCUUCAGGCUGUGGAUCACUUGUGAGAUUACUCUCAGGUUCCCCAUCGGCUUGCUGCAGAUCGCUAUCAAGGUGACUUUGGAGCCGCCUGCCGGGCUGAAGGCAGGACUCUACCGGACCUACAGCACCAUGGUCUCGCAGGAGCUCUUGGAUAAGAUCGACCUGCCGCAGUGGCGCACCCUGGUCUUCGUGCAAGCCUUCCUGCACAGUAUCGUCCAGGAGAGGCGCAAGUUCGGUCCAAUUGGCUGGUGCAUCCCCUACGAGUACAACAACUCCGACUUGGAUGCCUGCUUGCUGUUCUUGGAGAAGCACGUCUCCACUACGGUCAUGGCUGGCCAGCCGAUUUCCUGGGUCACGGUGCAGUACAUGGUGGCGGAGGCCCAGUACGGGGGCCGCAUUACUGACGACCUGGACCGCGAGCUCUUCAACACCUACACGGCCAAGUGGUUCUGUGACGACAUUUGGAAGCCGUCGUUCACCUUCAACAACUAUCAGUCGGACUACAACUACAAGAUCCCUGAAGGCUUGGACAUCUCGCAGUACAAGGAAGCCAUCGACACCAUCCCGCCAGUGGACUCUCCGAACAUCUUUGGCCUGCACACAAACGCCGACCUCACCUACCGAAUGAAGGAGGCGUCAGAGAUGAUCACCACUAUCGUGGAGACUCAGCCGAAGGACUCUGGGGGUGCUGGAGGCAAGUCCACGGACGAAAUCGUCAAGGACCUUUGUCUGGACUACCUGGCCAAGAUGCCGCCAGACUUUGUGGAGGAGGUCUUCCGGGCACAGAUCACCAAGCUCAAGGGCCCCCCGGGCACCCCCGACAAGGGCUUUGCGGCGCCGCUGAACAUCUUCCUCUUCCAGGAGCUGCAGCGCCUGCAGAACAUCAUCGCCAUUGUGCGCACCAACUUGAGGAGUGUGGCUGCGGCGAUCGAUGGCACUGUGGUCAUGACGACGGAGCUCAUGGAAGACCUUGGCUUCCUCUUCGACGGCCGAGUGCCUCGAGGCUGGACCAACGACCCCAGCGGUGCGGAGAUCUCCUGGCUCAUGCCCAACCUGGGAGGCUGGUUCACCGGGCUGACGGAUCGUCAAGCGAUGCUGAACAAUUGGCUGGAGAAUGGCCGCGCCGUCAUGAAGGUGUAUUGGAUCACCGGCUUCACCAACGCGCAGGGCUUCUUGACGGGCAUGCGUCAGGAGGUGACCCGGCAGCACAAGAAGGAUCAGUGGGCAUUGGAUGACGUGAUCUCUCACACGGAGGUGCUUGCCCACGACUGGGACCGUGUGAGGGAGGUGCCAGAGGAGGGCCAGAACAUCCACGGCUUGUUCAUUGAAGGCGGCCGAUGGAGCAAACAGGACAACCGUAUCGAAGAAUCGGAGCCCAAGAAGCUGUUCACAUCGAUGCCGGCCAUCUACGUGACCGCCACCACGGCUAGGGAGAUGAAGGCCAUGGGUUUGAACCAUGGACCAAAUGGGCCCUACAACACGGCGGUGUACAAGUACCCCAAGCGAAAUGAUCGCUACCUCAUCUUCCGCAUGCUGCUGCGGACGGAGCUGCACCCCUUCCACUGGAAGCUGCGUGGGGUGUGCCUGGUGGCGCAGACGGAGUAGAGCGGUACUUCACAACCGCAGGUUGGGCCGAGGUGUUGCGAAUCCCAAGACUGGACGAUGCACAACUCUUGAGGAGAGGCACUACUCAGUGCCAAUCGUUUGAUCUUUAGGUUUCCUGUAAU